AUGGGAGAUAAAUCGCCGUAUGAGGUACUUGGUGUCGAUCCAAAGGCUAAGGACUUGGAUUUGAAACUCAAAUUAGCUUAUCGAGAUAAAAUUCAUUUAUAUCUUCAAAACUCUAUUUCGAAAAUCAAUUUUAAAUUACUUAAUCGAGCAUAUGAAUGUCUAGCUGAUCAUGAUGCACGACAACUCUAUAAUGAAACAAAACAAUGGACCAAUAAUAUUUCACUCAAAGGCUAUACAAUUCAGCAGAUGGCAGUGGAAGAGUUAGAAAUGUUGAAAGUGAAACUUGACGGUGCAACAAUUGGAAAAAUAAACUCUCAACAUCCUGUCACCGGCCAUACAUCGUUGUACUGUGCAGCGAGAGCAGGCCAACUAGAGGCAGUAAAAUGGCUUGUCGAAACUGGGUCAGAACCAGAUUUAUCGCAGCGAACAAAGAGUACCGCAUUACACGUUGCUUCGUUUUAUGGACACAAGGACGUUGUUCGAUGGCUGUUGCAAAGUGGUGCAAAUUAUAACGUCCGAAAUACUUACAAUAAUAUUCCAAAAAGUGAAGCAUACGAUGAUGAAAUUGUCAAAGUAUUUACAGAACUCGAAAAAGAUUGGUUCGUCCAGGCAUCAGCUGGCAACCUAGAUUAUUUUAGAAAAACGUAUCCUCAACUAAACCGACACAUUGACGAACAAAACUAUUUGCGUCGAACUUUGUUAAAUUGUGUAAGUCGAAAAGGGUAUAUAGAACUUGUUAAAUUGUUCGUGGAACAGUACAAUGCAAAUCUCGAUAUUGUUGAUAGUCAUCUAAACUCUCCAUUGCAUGUAGCAGCUUCAAACGGUCAUGAGGAUGUUGUCAAAUACCUAUUAGACUGUGGCGCAAAUCCCACUUUGCGGAAUAAAUGGGCUACCACGGCAGAAGAUGAAGCCAUUAAUUUUCCAAAUGUUGUUCAACUGUUUAAACUUAUGAAACAGCGAGAUGCCUCCAAAAUGGCUGAAAAUGGGACCCUGACUUGGUUUGCAUAUUAUUUCCAAAAACAGUAUAUUAAUAAGGAGGAUAGUACUGGUUCAAGUUUACUCUUUGUUGCAUGCCGAAACGGACAUUUGGAGCUUGUGAAAUGGUUAAUCGAGAAUGGAGCAAACGUAAACUUCCAACAGACUGUCCUUACUAAGAGUACACCGUUACAUGUUGCCUCUUAUCGGAAACAUGUCAAAGUAGUUGAAUUUCUACUGUUAAAAGGAGCUAAUGUAAACACGAGAAAUGCAUACGGACAUACACCAGCAGACGAAGAAACUACUGAUGAGAUUCGAACAUUGAUUUUAAUAUAUAAAACUAAUAGACUUUCAGAAAAGAAUUUAUACAUUAAUCUAUUUUCCAGUAGAGACCUUGAGAGUGUUGAACCAGCGCAAAAGCUACAGUUGGAAAUGACUACAACCAUAGACAGCGUCAUUGGUCGAAUAUCGGACUCCAUAAAAAAAAAAUAUCCAGACGGUAUGCAGUUGUCAAUCGCUCGUCGACCACUCAGAUUUCCUUCGGGUACUACGUUACUAGACGCAGUUUACAAAGUGCGAUAUAUCGCUGGAUUUCUUGUGGAUUUACCUCUUUGCCUUGUCGUUUAUGGAGCUAAUGAUGAGCUACCACAAGUUAAGCUAAAUCAUAAUAUGGCACCAAGAGGUUUUAUCGAAGAAGAUAUAGGUAAUUAUAAUUAUAAAGUAUCAAAAUCCGACAUAGAACAGACGAUAGAAAUUUCCGAUAAAAUCAGCAUAGAAUUUGCUUCGAAUUCAGUUGAAAACACGAUCGAAUUUAGUAUUUCAUUUUUGAAUACCGACAAUGCUUAUGCAAGAGGUCUGAAAUCAUGUGAAUGUAUGUUUCUCUUUAAAACAAAAGAAGAUAAAAAAUUUGUACAACCUCCCACGAUGAUUUACAAAGCUUUUGAAACGAAUCACAUAACAAGUUUGUACGUGUUUACUCAAAAAUGCUGGUUUACGCAUCGCAACAAUAAAAUAAUGCAAUCAAAUGCGUGCUACGCAAUUGUUCAAGAAAUUGAAAUAGUCCCGAAUGAACUCCAUCUGAAUGCAGACAUGUUUGCUACUGGGCGUCUGGAAUCAAAAAAUUAUAAAAUGAUAAAAUGUUUAUGCUUAAAAAUAAAAGACCGGAAUGAAAAACAUUUUUCAAAGACAGCGUAUCAUGGAACGACAAUUCAAGCUAUAAAAUCGAUUUUGACUGAUGGACUUGUGAUACCUGGGACAGUAACUGCCACUGGCAAACGGAUCAAUCCGCCCAAUAAUCAUAUUGCGCGAGACAUGUCUGCCUUUAAUAUUCCCGACUUUGCUGGUGGCAUCUUUGUCAGUCCGUCUAUUUACUAUAGCUCUGAUCCUACAUACGCUAUUCAGUUUCAGUUCCACGAUCAGUUAAUGGUACCCGUACUCGAAGUGGGUGUGAGAGCAAAUUCAUACACGACAUUUCCGAGUACAGUAUCCGAUUAUAAUUUGCAAGAUGACGAUGAUCCUCAAGAACUUGAAUGGCGUAUUGCAAAUCCGAUGGAUACCGAAAUUAUUAAUUUGUUGUUUAUCCCGGUGACAGAGUCUAUCAGCAUAUCGAAAAACAAGAGAAAAAAGAGGAUUGCCGAGUAA